AGUCUAUUGGUUUUACACGUGUUUACAAUAAAAUCAAUCAUUCAUUCAUUCAUUCAUUCAAUUAAGUCAUUCAUUGAAUAAGUUGUUUACGUAAAGACCUGUUGUUGUUGUAGUAGUGGUUAAAGACAUCUGAGAUCAGCUCAUCUGAAGACUUUCAGUGCCGGCGGCGAUGUAUUACUGCUUUUAAUAGUUAAUAACAAUUAUCAUAUCAUUAGACCACAAGACAUAUCAUAUGUGUUUUUUUUAUGAAUCAUUUAUUUGAUUGAUUUAAGAAAUGGAUUACUUGGAGGAACAGACCAACGAAUUGGAGGCUCUGGAGGCCAUCUAUUCAAACGAAUUAACAGUGGUUAAACGAAAACCUCAUCCGAUAUUCACUAUUGCCAUCAAAUCGGAUCCGCAGAAGAAUGACGACGAAGACAAUCAAUCAGAUACUAUAUAUGAAAUAGAAGUUCAGUUUAAGCUAACCGACACAUAUCCCGAUUCUUUGCCGGUCAUCGAAGUGACCGAAUCGGACAAUUUGACUGAUUUUGAUGAACAAGAACUAUUGGAACUGUUGGAGAGGGAGGCCAACGACAGUCUCGGUAUGGUUAUGAUCUAUACGCUGGUAUCGGUGGCUAUCGAUUGGAUUAAUCGUAAAUCCGAUGAAAAGUAUAACGAACUGAAAGAACUGUUGGCCCGAAAGCGUCGAGAAGAAGAAGAAGCGGAACACAAGAAAUUCGACGGAACACAGGUUACGGUCGAGACGUUUAUGGUUUGGAAGAAACAGUUUGACGAAGAAAUGCAACUCUUGGACAAAGAGUUGAAAACGAAACAAGAAUUGGCCAAAAAACUGACCGGAAAACAGUUGUUUGAGACAAACAAAUCUCUGUUCGAGAGUGACCUACAGUUUCUCGAUGAUACCGAUCAGGACAUCGAUACGGAUAUCAAAGUCGAUGAAAGUCUGUUCCAGAAUAUGGAUGACCUGGAAAUCGAUGAAGACUUGGAAUAAUAUUUAUUAAGAAUUUUGUAUUAGUUAAUGAAUGAGUGGGUGAGUGAGUGUGUAUUAGAGAGAUUUAUUAUACAAAUUAUUAUACAUAGAUUUUUUAAUGUAAUGUAAUGUUUAUGAUAAACAUAUAUAUUAUUUGUUGUA